AUGACCAUGAGCUCGUUUUUGAUAAACUCCAACUACAUCGAACCCAAGUUCCCGCCCUGCGAGGAGUUCGGGGCGCCCGGCGGCCCCGACGGGGGAGGCUACCCCCCGCCCCCGCAGCCCCCUCAGCCCCCGCCGUCCCCGCACCUGCAGCCGCCCCCGGGGGCCGGCCGCUCGCCCCCAGGCUACUACCGCCCGCCGAGGCCCGGGCCCGAGCCGGGGUACCCGGCGCCCCCCACCGCCCUCUACCCCGCGCCCCCCGCCGCCAGCGCCCGCUACCCGUACGGCUACGGCCGAGCCGGCCCAGGCCGGCCCCGGCACGAGCAGCCCCCACCCCCACCGCCCCCGGCCCAGGGGCCCGCCCGGGGUCCCGCGGCCGCCCCCGGCGGACAGAGCCUUCUGGCGGCCGGCCAUGGCCCGCCGCCCCCGCAGCAGCAGCCGCAGCCCGCGCCCCCUCCGGGGCUCCCCCGCCGCAGCGAGGCCGCCCCCGCCGCCGGCAGCCCCCCGGGGUGCCCCCUGCUCCUGGCCGACAAGAGCCUGUGCGGCCUCAAGGGCGGCAAGGAGCCCGUGGUGUACCCCUGGAUGAAAAAGAUCCAUGUCAGCACCGUCAACCCCAAUUACAAUGGAGGGGAACCCAAACGCUCCCGAACCGCCUACACCAGGCAGCAGGUCUUGGAGCUGGAGAAGGAGUUUCAUUUUAACCGUUACCUGACCCGGCGGCGUCGCAUCGAGAUCGCUCACACGCUCUGCCUCUCCGAGCGCCAGGUCAAGAUCUGGUUCCAAAACCGGAGGAUGAAGUGGAAGAAAGACCACAAACUGCCCAACACCAAGAUGCGCUCCUCGGCUCCGGCCCCAGGCAGCCAGCUCUCCAAGACACAGACUCAGGGCCCGCAUCUUCACCCUCGCCACCAGCCAGGUGCCUCCACACCCAACGCCUCCACGCUAUAAUCGUCCACAUCCCCAGACCGAUUUUAUUCC